AUGCGGUCUGCACCACAGAGGAGGUCUAUAAUACCAUGCUUGCGAACGUUCUCGACGACAGACGCGGCGCGCGACGGGGCGGCGACGACGACAAGUUCGACGACGAGCGGCGGCGGCAAUGGGGGAACAAGCGCGAGCAGGGCAGAUCGCGAGACUCACUUUGGCUUCAAGACAGUAACCGAGUCAGAGAAGACACAACGCGUGGCCGAGGUAUUCAGCAGCGUCGCCGAGACGUACGACCGUAUGAAUGACCUGAUGUCCUUUGGUUGGCACCGGAUAUGGAAAGAUCACUACGUCUCAACCCUCAACCCAGGCGCCCACCCGCCCAACACGCCUCCACCCCCCCAGCACAUCCUCGACAUAGCCGGCGGCACCGGCGACAUCGCCUUCCGCCACCUCGCUCACGCCCACAACCUCAACGCCAACCCCGACGUGCACGUGACCAUCUCCGACAUCAACCCUUCCAUGCUGGCCGUAGGCCGGCAGCGCUCCCUCGCCCUCCCAGCCUCCCAACAGGCCGCCCUCUCCUUCCUCGAGGCCAACGCCGAGGACCUCCGCUCCGCUGGCGUCCCCGAUGCUUCCGUCGACCUGUACACCGUCGCCUUCGGCAUCCGCAACUUCAGCAAUAUCCCCUUGGCUCUCGCCGAAGCCUACCGCGUCCUGAAGCCAGGCGGCGUUCUCGCCGUGCUUGAGUUCUCAAAGGUCGACAAGUACCCGCUCUUCAACGCCGUCUACAAGCGCUGGAGCUUCGGCGCCAUCCCCCUCAUCGGCCAGAUCGUCGCCGGCGACCGCGACAGCUACCAGUACCUGGUCGAGAGCAUCGAGCGCUUUCCCAGCCAGGAGGAAUUCCGCGACAUGAUCCUCGCCGCGGGCUUCGUCGUGGGUGGCGACGGCUGGGAGGACUUGACUGGUGGUGUGGCGGCCAUACAUCGAGGCAUGAAGCCUCUGGAUAAGUAAAGAGGAUGUGGACCACAUCCCCUGGAAAUUCAAAUAAAGAAAAUAGAAAGGUGAAAUGAAGAUAAAAAAGAAUCAAUGAGAUCACUCCGCC